AUGAUGAAGAUACCCUAUAGGUGUGAGAAAUUAAAAGCUCAAGAGAGGCCGGUACACCACAAAUCGCUUAGUGCUUUCCCUCCCGUCCUAAUGGCACGCCAAUUAAAAGUUUGCUCGCUCACUCCCAAGGCGAGGAUUGUUCCAACUGUAAAACUGAACAUCCGAGCAUCUGAACAUAAUGUAGUUUAUUUGAGCUCGAGCGCAGUUUGCCGACGAUUAGCAUUUUGA